AUGUCGGCAGAGUCAUCUGGUUCUAAUUCUGAACAGAAAUUGUCCUCGCAAAGUCCUAUCCGAUUAUCCACCGAUGGAAGUGCUAAUUUGAAUGAUGACUUGGCAAAUGGGUCAGAAUAUUCAUCUAGUUCAUUUGUAUCAUUACCAAACCACAAUUUACAUAGAAGAUCAGGAUCAGCUGUAUCGUUUAAAAAUAGUAUUGACGCGGAUAGUAGUUUUCUGUCGUCGGCAUAUUUUCAAAUAUUGAAUAACCAUAACAGUCAGGAAGAUGGUAAGAGUAACGAUAUAUUUUCUCCAUUGGGGCCUAAUUCUAUAUACGAAUUAACAAUUGCAUCAGAUUCAUCAAGAGCUAAACGGAAUAGGGCACCUAAGAAUACGGUGAUUAUAAAUGGUGGGAUGACGACAGUUAACAAUCUACGGAAUCCGACUCUCAAAGAUAUACCGCAGAUUCAAUUACUGAAAUUAAAACUGAAAGUUGAAAAUAAGGAACUAGAAGCGUCAUUAAUACAUGGAACUGAAGAAGAUUACAAAAAUUUUGAUCUGAGCUAUAGAUUACUAACUGAAGACACGCUCCAGAAAUUUAUUGAACUGGACAAUUCUAGACACGGCAAUUUAUCAGCGUCAUCUUCUCUUUCCAAUUUCCCAACCAAAAAUAAUUAUUUGCAAUAUAAUGGUGAUGAUAUAUCAUCUAUCCCGAAAGUUUUCCUUGAUCCUGAUUUCAGGUUAGAUGAUCCUAGAAUAUUUAAACAAGUUAUAGGUGAUUGUAAUUUAUUCUCAGAUAACGAAACACCAGAUGAAAAUGUCAAAUCUACUUUGGCCAAGAAUAAUGAUUUGCAGGAAGAGCUAUCUCGCUACUUGGAUAUAGUGGAAGUGAAUCUAAUAAAGGAAAUCUCAAAAUCGUCAGACUCUUUUUUCAAUACUAUUGGUGAUAUAAAAGAAAUACAAUCACAGUCUGAAAAUUGUGCAGUAAAAUUCCAUGACAUAUUGGAUAAAUUAAAAUUGCUUGAGGAGAAAGAAUGCCAACGAGGUUUAGAUAUUUUAAAUAAGGUUAACGAAAGAAAGAAUGUUGAGCAUUUAGAGUCUUCUUUGUUACAAUUGAAAUAUCUAAUUUCAAUAAUCGAUUUGGCACGAAAAUCAUAUGAGAACGGCAAUCACGCUAAGAGUUUGAACGAAAUUGUAGUUGCAGAACACUUGAUCAACGGAAUAGAAUUAGAAGAUCCCGACGAGGAAAAGCAAGCGUUAUAUCCAGAUUUACCAUACCCUGCGGUAGAUUUUUCCAGAGUACCAGCAAUUUCAGAUUUGAAUACUGAAAUACAGGAUUUAAAACAAGAAUGUUCGAAAGGAUAUAUUAGUGCAUUUAUAGAUUUGCUUUUGGAAGAUUUACGCCAACACUACAAUAAUGUAUCUUACCAGGACACCUUGAACAGAAUGUCCACUUCCAUCAACAAAACCAAAAAAUACGACGCAAAGUCAGUGAACAAUUCAUAUCAAUCGAUCUCAGAAGAUAAAAGGGAAAAGUUGAAGGAAUAUAUUAGGAAUUUAGCGAAAUCUGGUCAUUUAUCUCAAUCGUAUGCAAAUUAUCAGGAUAGAAUAAUUACCGAAAUCAAAGAUAUUAUAAAGGUUAAUUUGCCUAGCAGUACCAGGCUGGGUGUCUCCCUGGCCGAUAUGUCUAAUGCACCUUCAAGAUCUUCUUCUGCUCCACCGGAAUCAAAUAAUAACUUAUUACAGCCUGGAGGGGGAACUUCAGGCAACAGUUUAUCUUCCAAUAUAAGAUGUAUGACACCAAAGGAAUUCGAAAUCAUGCUAACAAAAAUAUAUACUUGUUUAUCAGAAUGUUUGCGGCGUCUUACUGUCCAACAAAAGGUACUACUCGAUUUUGCACUUACCGCGAUUCCUCCUAAUUCUGAAAGUAAUUUGGAUGUCAUGUCGUUGGAUAUAACCUUUGCUAUUAAUAAAUCGAUUGAAUUGACCCAAAUUAGGUUGACUAAAAUUAUUAAUGUUCGACUGGAACAAACCGCUGAAAUCUCACUUGAUCAUUAUUUGCGUUUAUAUGCUCUCUCAUCUGCAUAUUUACAGGAAUGUGAAUUGAUUAACCCAGGGUAUGUAGCUAGCGGUGCAGGUAACUCUUUAAACGAUUGGGUCAAGAAUCAUAUUGGCUACUUUAUUCAUAAAUUCCAUCUGAAUUCUUUAGCAAUAUUAGCAAACAAUUGCGAUAAAGAAGUUUGGAGAGAGAUCACUCUGGAUGAUGCAUUACAAGAACAUCAAGUACUUAUAGACGAAAUUUGCGGAUAUUCUGAGUAUAUUGAGACUGAUGGGAAGAGUGGAUUUUCUGGUGACUCGUGGAUGGAAAUGCUUAAUUUACAUGAAACUACAAAAGAAGAUAAGCGUUCAAAAUCUAAUAAGCAACUUAAUGGUAGAUUAAUAAUCCAUGAUGAAUCAUUCAUGAUUCCAAAUUUGACUUUGAAAUCGUUAGUAAGUGUUAGGGAAUAUCUUAUUAUCUCCAAAAUAUUCUCUAGUAAGGGUUCGGUCGUCGAAAAUAAUUUAUUGAAUUACUUCAAAUUGAUGAAUUCUAAAGCAUCACAAGCAGUUUUAAAUGCUGGAGCAACUCGAACUGCGGGACUCAAGCAUAUUACUACCAAACACAUUGCGUUGUGUAUCCAGCUAGUUGAAUUUAAUAUUGCAUUGUUAUCUUCUUUACAGGGUAUAUCCAAACAAUCAAGAAAUGCUUCACCUCCACCUAAUUCACACGAGGAGAUCAGUUUUGCCAGAAUUUUAAGCAAUUAUAAGGAUCAUGAAAACGAACUUUUCUCCAAAUUGGUAUCUAUCAUGUACGAUCGUACCGUUAAUCAUUGUGCCACAAUCGUCACUAUUAAUUUGUCAGAACCACUCAAGCACCCUCAACAAUGCCACCUGUAUAUGGAAACGUUAGUCAAAGAAACAACUACAGUUACUAAAGUGCUAACCAAAUAUUUACCUGAAAUUAAGUGCUCAUUGAUUCUUCUGCAAAUAUUUGAUAACUACAAGAAACUUUUAGUCGACUGCUUUUGUACACAAUUAUCUCAAUUUAAGGAUUUCAAUGAAAAACAUUCUUUAUUGAAAGACAUUGAUUAUUUUAGGGUGAAAUUAUCUGAAAUACCAGGAUAUGGUAACUCGGGUCAGGUAAUUUGGGAAAAUGUGAAUUCUUUACCAACAAUUGAAGAUACAAAAAUGGAAGAAGUUAUGAGGAACAAUAUUGAAGGAGAAAGACAGCAAACCAUUGAUAGUAGUCACGCUUCUCAAAGAAACUCGUCAGAAGUUAAUAAUGAAGAGAACACGGCUACUGACCAAUAA